AUGCUUUGGGUCGACAAGCACCGUCCUUCCAAAUUGGAGGAUCUGACGUUCCAUGGCGACAUUACGUCUCGAUUGGAAGCCAUGGCGUCUCGUCCUCAAACCAUGCCGCAUUUAUUUUUCUACGGUCCUUCGGGCAGUGGCAAAAAGACACGCAUUUCGUCCUUGUUACGAGGUCUGUUUGGCCACGGCACGGAGCGUCUCAAACUGGACAAGCGUACCUUCAAGACCCCGUCCAACAAGACGAUUGAGAUCAACAUGAUCACGUCCAAUUAUCACAUUGAAAUCAGUCCGGGAGAUGCCGGUAAUAACGAUCGAUUCGUCGUGCAAAGUGUCAUUAAGGAAAUUGCCUCCAAUACCAACGUGACAACAUCCAAAGAAAAGGCCGCCGAUUUCAAAGUCGUGGUGCUGUCCGAAGUGGACCGAUUGAGUCGACCGGCCCAAGCGGCGCUGCGACGGACCAUGGAGAAAUACAGUCACACAUGUCGAUUGAUUCUGUGCUGUAACAAUCUCAGUAAAGUCAUUGAACCCGUGCGAAGUCGCUGUUUGGGAAUCAGAGUAGGAGCUCCCACGCAUGAUGAGAUUUGCGACGUCCUCAAAGUCGUGGCACGCAAGGAAUCCAUUACCCUCCCCGAUGAAUUGGCCAUUAACAUUGCUCGGGAGAGUUCCCGCAAUCUACGACGGGCCAUUCUCAUGAUGGAAGCCUGUCAUGUCCAGAAACGAGACGGGUUGACGGCCAAUCAACCCGUUCCCAAAACGGACUGGGAACUCUAUAUUGCACAACUCGCCAAGGAUAUUGCCGCCGAACAAACUCCCCAAAAGCUACUGGCGGCACGCGAAAAACUAUACGAACUAUUGGUCAAUUGCAUUCCUGCAUCCGUCAUUCUCAAGACACUGGUCCAAGAAUUGACCAAGAAUUUAGAUGAUACUUUGAAACCACAAGUUUUCGAAUGGGCCGCAUUCUACGAACAUCGGAUUGCCAUGGGAAGUAAGGAAAUAUUUCAUCUGGAGGCGUUUAUUGCGAAAUUCAUGGCAAUCUACAAAAAGUAUUUGAAUGAAUUGUUUGGGUAA